GUACAAUUACAGGUCAAAAGUUAACUGGUGCUGACAUUUCGGAGCAGAGCUCCAGUUUUGUAUAAAAGAGCGUCAUGAGCAACAAACGGGAUCAUGUUUUCAUCGAUGCUACUGAACUAGAGCAGGAAAAUGAAGCUCCUUCUCCCCCUUGCCGCUGUGUGCCUGGCACACUUUGUCCUGGCCGCUCCGACUACGAACGAUGAAUGCCCUGAUCCUGAACCAUCUUGCCGCCACACGCCCACCGACCUCAUGUUUGUCAUCGACUCCUCUGUGAGUGUCGGAGAAGACGAUUUUGAACUGGGCUUGAAGUUCAUCACAAAUUUCCUCCAGAACUUCGAGGUCAACCCAAGCACAAUCCGAGUUGCUGCAAUCAUGUUCGGCAAACGGGUUUACGAUGAACACGUGAUUAAUUUUGAUUGACUUCGGCUACCAGGCUUUGAUGUCCUUGUGAAAUGAGAACGAAUAAUCUUAGCUAUGGAUCGUCAUUGCUUGCCAUGGAAGUUUCCUGGGUGGCGAAGAAAUAUUGAAUGAUGAGUGAGCCAAUACUAUGAGCAUACUCCAGAAAUAAUAGGCCUAUGUUUCAUGAACCAAAUAAAUCAUACCUUUUGUGCAUUCCUUAC